UCCGGCAGGGGAAACUCCUAGCUGCGGCUCCGCCGGGCUUGACAGGCGCGGUCUCUGCCGGCAGUGCGCUGCCCGCACCUCUCUCAGCCUCCGUUUCGCGUCCGACCGCCGCCGUCCCGCUGCCCUUUUCUCGAGCCUCCCCUUCCCUAUGUUCCGGGACCGGAGUCCGAGAAGCAAAGACCCUCUUCUUGCCCACUCCCCAUCAUGUCCGAAGUGACCAAAGAGCUGCUGGAGCUGGUGUGGGGCACCAAGAGCAGUCCCGGACUGUCGGACACCAUCUUCUGCCGCUGGACGCAAGGGUUUGUGUUUAGUGAAUCAGAGGGAUCUGCAUUAGAGCAGUUUGAAGGUGGCCCCUGUGCUGUUAUUGCACCUGUUCAGGCAUUUCUUUUGAAGAAGCUUCUGUUUUCCUCCGAGAAGUCGUCCUGGCGGGAUUGCUCAGAGGAAGAGCAGAAGGAGCUUCUUUGUCAUACCUUAUGUGAUAUUUUAGAAAGUGCUUGUGACAGCUCUGGAUCAUACUGCUUGGUCUCAUGGUUGAGAGGAAGGACACCCGAGGAAGCGGCUAGGAUUUCUGGGAGUCCUGCACAGUCUAGUUGCCAAGUGGAACAUUCUUCUGCCUUGGCUGUCGAAGAGCUUGGCUUUGAUCGAUUUCAUGCAUUAAUUCAAAAAAGAUCAUUCAGAACUGUAUCAGAAUUAAAAGAUGCUGUCUUGGACCAGUAUUCAAUGUGGGGAAACAAAUUUGGAGUCUUGCUUUUUCUCUAUUCUGUAUUACUGACAAAGGGCAUUGAAAACAUAAAGAACUCAAUUGAAGAUGCAAAUGAGCCCUUGAUAGACCCUGUGUACGGGCAUGGCAGCCAAAGCUUAAUCAACCUCCUGCUGACGGGGCAUGCGGUAUCUAACGUGUGGGAUGGUGACAGAGAGUGCUCAGGAAUGCAGCUUCUCGGUAUCCAUGAACAAGCAGCUGUAGGAUUCUUAACACUAAUGGAAGCUUUACGAUAUUGUAAGGUUGGUUCAUACUUGAAAUCUCCAAAAUUCCCUAUUUGGAUUGUUGGCAGCGAAACUCACCUCACCGUAUUUUUUGCCAAGGAUAUGGCUUUAGUUGCACCUGAAGCGCCUUCGGAACAAGCCAGAAGAGUUUUUCAAACCUAUGAUCCAGAAGAUAAUGGAUUCAUAGCUGACUCCCUUCUAGAAGAUGUCAUGAAAGCUUUGGACCUGGUUUCAGAUCCCGAGUAUAUAAGUCUCAUGAAGAAUAAAUUAGAUCCAGAAGGAUUAGGAAUCAUACUGUUGGGUCCAUUUCUUCAAGAAUUUUUUCCUGAUCAGGGCUCCAGUGGUCCAGAAUCUUUUACUGUCUACCACUACAAUGGAUUGAAGCAGUCAAAUUAUAAUGAAAAGGUAAUGUAUGUGGAAGGAACUGCAGUGGUUAUGGGUUUUGAAGACCCCAUGCUUCAGACAGAUGACACUCCUAUUAAACGCUGUCUGCAAACCAAAUGGCCCUGCAUUGAGUUACUGUGGACCACAGACCGCUCUCCUUCGCUCAACUGAGUUGCCUGAGUAUUCGUAAGGAAGAAUGUCAAACCAGGUGUUGAAAGGGGGAUUCACAAGUGACUACAUAAAGCUAAACACUGGUAUUGUUGAUUAACUGUAAAUAACAAUUAAAAACACAUUUUCAGUGUUUAAAAUACGUUUAAAUUAUUUGUUCUAAAGCUUUAUGUUAAAGGUUAUCCUAUGUUAAUCCUUUCUGUGAAAUUUACUAACAAAAAUUAAGCUUUAAUUAAAGUUCACCACUUCUGCAGUCAGGGAAUUGGUUGUUACCAGAUUAUAAACACAAUAAAUAUUAUAGCAUUUUUAUAAAUGGGAUCAGUCACAAAAACCUGCCUGGUAUAUCAUUUCAUUCAUUUCAUUUUACUGUAUUAUUUUUAGCAGCCUCCAUACCAAAAUGCAGAACUUAAUUUUUGUUAAUUUUGCUUUUCACCCAAAAUACUAAUAAAUCACAAAUUAUUGGCCCUGGUUCUUUGGUAACUAAUUUAACUAUAGCAUGUUUACCAAAAAAUAAAUAAAUAAUUAAAAAGGAGGAUACUGUGUGGGAACUAUUUGUUCACAGGUGCACAGGACAUGUUUUUAACAACGAUAGAAGAAUCUGUUUGCUGGGUGGGCUUAACACUGUCACUUUCAAUGUAUUGCUAAAUACACUUCUCCACCUUUGUUCCUGCAAGCCAGCUUUCUUGUAUAUUUAUAAGAGUGGUAAUGCAUGAGAACCUCUACUGUUACAUUAGCAUAUUGCAUUAUUUAUUAUGGCCCCAGUUAAUACGGUAAAUAAAGGCUUCUUUUAACUACA